AUGAGGCCGUGGUCCCGGCGACGGCGCGCGAACGUUCGCGGCGUGGUCCGGUCACUGCGCGGCGGGCCGCCAUUCAAAGAUGGCCGACGCGCGCGCGUCUCGUCCGUUUCCCGCGCUUUCUCGUUCUGCGCGUCCCCCGCGCCGUCCUUUCGGGACGUGAAUUUAGAGUUGCCGCGCCUCGUGUAUUUGCUGGUGGUGGUCUCGGCGGCGUCUAUUGCCGCCGUGUUGCCGUCGGUGGUCACCGUCGGUGUCGUGGGCUUGGUGCGACGCACGAAGUUCGCCCUCGUGACCUGCAGGACGAACGAAGCGACCGAUAUCGAGAGUUCGACGCAGACUUGGAAGAAA